GAUAGUUUACUUCUUUAGAGCUGGCCACCAAACCACACUAUUCACAUCAUUGUAGUUCAUAUCCAUCUUCUUUUCUUUCCUUUCUUAUCAUAUCCAAUGAGUUCCGUAAUAAGCAAAGCUCCUUCUUCUAAUUCCACUGAGGAGAGUGGAUGGACUACAUAUUUUGAUGACUUCUUUAACAACAACAGUGAUGAUAGCUACAACAAGUAUUCUUCUACUUCAUCCUCCCUUCUCUCAGAUGCCACUUCUUUGGUUCACAAAAAUGUAUUAUCUCAUAAUGAACAUGUUGAGAUUGUUAAGGAGUUUUAUUUGAAUAAAAAUGGUAAAACUGGUUCAAGUUUCAACGAGAGAAAAAAUAUCGUUGAUCAUGCUUUGGAAGACACGGCAACCUCUCCUCCACUCAAUAGUCUCAAGGAGAAAGGCAACACCUCUGGACAAAAAGAAUUGAGUUUAAAUGAGAAGGAUAGUGACUGCACAGAACUAAAGAGAGAGGUCUUUGUGUAGUUCCUUUGUGAAUGGUAGCAAACCUUCCAGGUAGCUAGGUUUGAGUAGUUUUUUUUUUUUCUUUUUGGGUUAAAUGUAUAUAUACUUCCUAAAAAUAUGAUCCAUUAAUUCUAGACAUUAUAGUCCCAUGAGUGUCUGUUGUCCUAUGGACCAAUU